AAUAACUUCCCGCAGCAAACCAGAAUUAUCCUCAACGUGGAUCGAACCCGGGCCCUUGAACAACAAAAUAAUCUUUAUACCGUGGGUUUAGCAGAACCUCACCGUACACAGUAUUAAGUAGACAGCAGGAGUUUUAUCUCUGUCAUGGAACGCCGGGAUGAUGAGAGCGAUUUCUGUAAUUGUUAUUGAAAAGCCGCUGCAAGAAAAUGGAGUUGGUUUGUUCGGGGCUCGGCUCUUCGUUGCUGGGCGCCCAGGUUCGAUCUUCGAAUGUGUUGUUGAGAAGAAAUGGAUUGGGUAGGGCCGCUGGUUGGAAUGGAAGUAAAAAGAGCAAGGAAUCGUCGGCGUUGAUUAAGAUGAAAAGGAUUAGAGCUUCUGUGGAGACAGGGGCAGAGGAAAAACAGGGGCACGAGAGGCAGAGUUCAUUCAAUCAUGUUAUGGAGGUUUCUCCCUCAUUUCAUAACAGUAGUAGUACGGAUUACGGCGUCUGGGAUAGCAUGAGUGCUCUGGUUCGGCUCACCUAUGGAGUAGGUCUCUAUGGUGUCAUGGCACUUGCAGGAAAAGCCAUAUGCUGUUUCACUGGAAUUGAUGAACUCGGAGGAUUAGAUCUAUCAAUGGAUGCUAUACUAAAUGGAUUUGGUUAUGCAGUUCCGCCAAUGAUGUGUCUUCUCUUCAUACUGGAUGAUGAAGUUGUGAAGUUGUCUCCUUAUGCCAGGGCUAUCAGAGACGUUGAAGAUGAGGAACUAGUGAAUUUUUUUCUGGGGAUGUCGCCAUGGCAGUUUCUGCUCAUUGUAACCGCAAGCUCAAUUGGGGAGGAGUUAUUUUACCGUGUUGCAGUGCAGGGCGGACUUGCACAUGUGUUCCUGAGCGAUACAUGGCACAGCAAGGAUACUUAUGGGAUCGCAGCACUGAGUGGAGUAUUCCCCUUUUUUGUUCCAUUUGCACAAGCAUUUGCAGCUGUGCUAACUGCUGCCCUCACUGGGUCUUUGUAUUAUGUGGCUGCUUCUCCACGAGAUCCCACUUAUGUGGUGGCUCAAGUUCCUCGUAGUAAUGGAGCACGUGAAGAUAUGAAAAAGUGCUUUGCAGCCUGGUACGAGAGAAGGCAAUUGAAAAAGAUUUACUCACCUCUGUUGGAGUCUCUUCUUGCACUCUACUUGGGGUUUGAGUGGAUUCAGACGAACAACAUUCUUGCUCCCAUGAUCACACAUACAAUCUACUCUGGUGUUGUACUAGGACACGGCCUUUGGCGGAUCCAUGAACAGAGAACGAAGCUGAGAAAGAGAAUCAAGAGUGUAAGGCAGAAAGAUGGAACAAAAUCGGAAGCUUAGAACAAUACAUAGUGCAUAAUGGACAUUGCCUGCCACUCAAGUUAUGUCUGCUGGUAUUCACCUUGUCCUCCACAAAUAUUGAUAAAAUGAGUCUAGGACAUUGUUAACAGAGGGUACCCACAUUUUCUGGUAAAUAUAUCUAUAAUAUAAAACGGCAGAACCCUUCUAAUGUACCUCUGUACCCUUACUUGGAACUGGCAUUUCUGUCCUCAGAACUGUAUCCUACUUCUUCCGGCAGUUAGGAUCUAAGGAUACGAUGGCUUUGAUUAGAGUUCCAUGGUGAUAAGUCCAGGCUUUAUGCAUGAUGCUGAGAAACAUGAUCAUUUGCCUGUUGUAUAAUAGUCAGCCUUUGUAAUGGCAUAAAAAUGGAGGUAUACUCCUACAGAAUUGAUCCAAAAUUAUUUAGUGCUGAGUGCACCUUUAGAGAGAUUGCUUCAGGAAAGCUAUGUUUAGCUUAGUCAGUCAGGUCUUUUGUAAAUAUAUUAGAAACUCCCUUUCUGUCAGGGGGUCAUCUGUUAGCCAGACAUGAUUUCUAUUGUUUGUUUCACGUCUCAUCAAGUGAAAAACUAUGGCCAGAUGUAUACCUACAAAGUACAAGCAUUUGUAACAUGCUUCCAGUCUCUUGAAUGGACCAAAGUAGCAAUCACAUUAAUGCCCUA